GACCCGGCCCUCUCCUCGAAAGCGCGGUUGGCGGGUUAUUACUAGCCGCCACCGCCGUACGUACUCCUAAUGGACAAGAAACAUUUAAAAAGAAUCACAUCAGCUCUAUCGCCAUUAUCAUCAUGUUCGUCACUCUACGAGCUAGAUAACGAGCUAAAACACAUACAAUUAGCAUCAUCAUGCUUAAAAAACAAGAAACGUUUAUCAAAGCAACUUUCAAUGUGUGAAACACCAAGAGACCUUGCAUGGGAGAAACGACGACGAAGACAAAUGCUCCGACCUAAAAACAGCGGCUCGACCGAUAAAGAUGACUUAACCGACGAAGAUUGGAAUGAGCUUAAAGGAUGCAUCGAAUUAGGGUUUGCGUUCAAUGAGGAAGACGGACAUAAGUUAUGUGGUACAUUACCAGCUCUUGACUUAUACUUCGCCGUGAAUCGACAGCUCUUGCCGAGUCCAGUGUCGAUGCUGCAUAGUAGCAAGUCGUCAUCGUCGUCACUCGGGGAACGAUCUUCAUCGUGUGAGAGCCCGAGGGGUGAUUGUGAUACAUGGAGGGUUUGCAGCCCAGGGCAAGAUCCGAAGCAAGUGAAGGCAAAAUUAAGACAUUGGGCUCAAGCAGUGGCAUGUUCGGUAAUGCAAUCAUUGGGAGAAAAAUAAAAAGGGAA